AUGUCUUCGCACGAGCAAGCCCUGGCCUCUCUAGUCACGCAAUUGGCCUUCUCAUUCGACGGCGCGGUCCUUGGCGUAGCCCUAGCGUACGCCGCCGUGCGUUCGUUUCUCAAGUUUGCCGCUGGCUCGAAAGCGCUUCGAAAAAUCCGCGCUGCUCCCGUGCUCCGCGUGUCCGAUCUCCGCUCACUUCUCGACGCGCCUCCGCCGCAGUCUGAUCAGGAGGCGAACAGCGAGCUUGAUCGAAGCAGUAUCAGUGAUCGGAAGCUGGUGAUUGUGCGGGGACAAGUGGAGGCGAACUCUGCCGUCGAUGGGAGCUGGAAGAGCAGCCUGAGGCCUAACGUGCUGGUUUCUCACGAGUCUGGUGAUAAGGCUGUGGUCAUACAGAGGACUCAAACUUGCUUGUACAAUGAAUGGAAGGGCUUUUUUGGCUGGACCUCUGAUAUACGAGCUAUCUUUGGAAAAUCUUGGAGGGAGCAAGAAUCAAUGUCGUUAAGAACCGUUCCUUUUGUCCUUCUUGAAACUGGCAAGUGGCCACAAUCUGAAUAUGUUGUUAUCAACAUGGAUGCUUCGCGACAUCCCCUACCCCUCACGACAGUUUAUCACCAAUUGCAACCCAUUGAUGCUUCUCCUUAUACAUUUCUUCAGGCACUAUUUGGUCAUGAAUACCCUGUUGGUCUACUUGAUGAGGAGAAGAUACUUCCAAUAGGAAAGGAGAUAACUGCGAUUGGAAUGUGCGGUUCCAGAAGUGGAAUUCCUGAGAUAUCACCUUGCAGAGAUCUUCCUUAUUUUCUUUCUGACAUGACCAAGGAUCAAAUGGUUUUGGAUCUGGGCUUCAAGACGAAAGUACUAUUGUGGAGUGGCAUUGCUCUCGGUUCACUCUCUGCCGGCAUUCUUAGCUAUGCAUUCGUGAGGAACUGGAGCAAAUGGAAACUGUGGAGGCAACAGAGACUGUCUCAGCAGUCAAGGGAAGAAACUAGCGAUCCCCCUCUUCUUGAUUCCGAGGAGGAUGUCACGGAUGUACCAGACGGGCAGUUGUGCGUCAUAUGUCUCAUGAGGAGGAGGCGUUCCGCCUUCAUCCCCUGCGGGCACCUUGUCUGCUGCCAAGUCUGUGCUAUAUCGGUCGAGCGCGAGUCGUCCCCCAAGUGCCCUCUCUGUCGGCAGCUCAUCCGGAACUCAAUCAGGAUAUUCGAUACUUAA